AUGGCAAAGAGUCAGCAACUUGCACCACCUGGGUCAGGCAACCUCCCUCUCGGGUACCGCACGGCUAACAGUCGGAAUCCUCAGCGCUGCCAACGGUUGAAACACACUACCUCACGGAUCGACAAAUGGCGACGGGCAGUCUUGCAGCUUGAUGGCGCAUGGAUACCAUCAUCUCUUCGGCAGGGAUUUGGGAAGCUUGCACAUGCCAAGCAGUGGCUGCAAGCGAUUCUCCUGCUGUGUGGAGCUUCUGAAGCCAGUCUGCGCGUUGAUGAAGCUGCAUACAACUCCGUUGCGAGCGCAUGCAACGGUGCACGCAGCCUGUCCAUGGCAUGGCGUGUUGCACUGAAGAAUUUGAUCCUUGUCAGGAAAGUUGGAAUGAAAGCUGACAAGUUCUCGCAUGGAAUAGCUGCUGUUGCGUGUUCUGGGAUGUCAUUCUGGAGUCGGUCAUGUCUGCUGCUGACUGAUGCCAGAAGGGCAUCUGUUCGUUUGGGCGCGAUUGCUUGGAGUAGUGUCCUGGACGCAAACAGCAAAGCCGGCCGGUGGAAGAAGACACAGGCGCUGCUUCAAGAGAUGCAGAACGGAAGUGAAGCUCCUGACACACAGUGCAUCAACGUGCAGAUGAGCGCCAUCAGCCGAGCAGCGGAGGCGCAGAAAUUGUGGCAAGUGAGUCUGGAGGUUCUGAAAACUGCCGCAGCUUCUAUUGGAGUCGACGAGGUGUCCUUCAACACUGCACUGAUGCUGUUAGACUCGUCCGGCUCUGUUGAUGACAAAGUUUGGUUCUUGAUUUCCGCGAUGCGAAAGGCGAGCAUUCGUCCUUCACAGGUAACAUACGGCACAGCGUCCAGAGUAUUUGGCAUGUCCAGCCUGUGGAGCUCUUCACUGGAAGCCCUUCGCAAUGGCUCUUGCAUAGGGGUGGUCCCCAACAUCGUGGCAUGUGGUUCCACUCUGGAUGCAUGCCAACGAUGUGCCGCUUGGUCCAUGGCAUGUAUGCUUUUGAAGGACAUAAGCACGGCUCAGCUGCAAGCAAACGCUCCGGCCUGUGGAGCUGUGAUCACUGCUGCCGGAAACAGUCACCAGUGGAGCCAUACCCUUGCCAUGCUGAGCCACGUGGAAACGAUGUACAUUGCAAUCACGGCUCCGAUCAUUGGAGCGGUAAUGUCAGCAUGCCAGGGAGCUGCAGACGUGAUGACUUUGAACCCGGACGCCAACAUCAGAACCCUGUGGCAGCAGGUGCUGGGAUCUUUCCGUCUGUGGGCUUCUGGCAGACCGGAUCUGCCCAUGAUUGGGAGCGCAGUCAGUGCAUGCAGCAGGGGGGAUAGGUGGGAGCAGGCUCUCGAAUUGCUCACUUUCUCCGCGGUCUGGAGAGUUCAGCCUAGUCUCGUAGUAGUCAACUCCGCACUGGACGGGAUGGACCGAGCCGGGCACUGGGCUCAGGCAGCCAACCUUCUGUUUGGCCUCUCUCCGGCGACCGUCAGCCUUGAUUCCCUGGGUCUCCGAAGCAUGAUGCAGGCGGUAGAGGCUAGUGGCAUCACUGGACAGAUGCCGGCGUUGCUGGCCAAGACUGAGCUUUGGAUUCAGUCUGCCGCCACCACUCUGAAGCCCAGCAUGGACCAGAAAGCUGACGUAGGCUUCCUGGUGGAAGCCCUUGACAGCAUGCUAGAACAUAGCGAUGUCCAGGCCGCAUGUUUGCGGCAGGUGCAUUGCUGUUUGCUGCCAGCACUCACAGCACUUUCCCACAGACGAUUCAACUUAAGAGAUCACCCCCGAGCUUUACAGCGGCAGUCAAGCCUGGGACGCUUCUUUACAAAGCUUGUCCUGGAAGAAAUACACACUGGUCAGGACAUGUGGGCCAGCAGUUCUGAAGGCACGUGGAAGGCAGAUGCCCGGCUGCGAAAUUUCAGAGCACUCUUGGGCCUUCGGAUGGUCGGGCGCGAUCCAGCUGCCAAGAGUUUGGUGGCCUGCUGCUCUGGAGUCAUCACAUCUGGGCUCGCGGCACCAACCGAGAUCAGCUGCCGUUGGCGUCUACACGGCAGGUCGGACCUCGAGGUUUUGGCACAUAGUCUUGCGGACGAAGUCGUGACGGCAGUGUACGUGGACCAUGACAGACGACCUCAUUGUGAACGUCAAGCCUUGGUUGGGCAAAUGCAACAUCUUCUCGCAGCGAAGGGGCUGGAGGCUAUCGAAGAAGGUUAUCCUGCAGAUAUCCCCCUCGUUGUCAUCCUGGGCCUUAGCAAUCCCGAAAUUUCGCCAACCCGGGUGAAUAAUAUCUGGACGUUCGAAGCCUUCAGCUUGUCAACUGGGGAAGAACAGUUGCUGAACGUCAAUUUGAAUGUAACGGGCUUCAAGAUCUUCGGAGAAUUUUCUGGAGCAUACGUCACGGGCACGGUGCUUUCGCCGCUGGCAACUAACGUGGUUGGCAUCUGGCUCAACCUGAAGAGCCCUUUGAGAGCCAGCUUGGACACUGGACAGACGAGCCAGAUGAGGCUUUGGUUGCCACCCACUUUCCAACCACUUCCGGACUGCGGGAACGCGCUGUUCUCCCUGUCUUAUGACGUGGGCCGCGAAUUGGUGAAGAACCCUUUCCCCAUCACUAUCUCCUACCUGUCGCUGCCCUCUGGGACAUAUUGCUUUGACCGUUACGAUGAAAUAAGUGGUCAGUGGUAUGUCGAGCUCACUAUUGAGCAGGAAGUUUCAUAUGGGCUCGACUACGCUUUCGAGUUCGGCUUGACGAACCCGUUCCGCACACCAGCUACUGCCGAUAAUGUGUGGCGCUUCGAAACCCUCCAGAAUGAUGUGAUUCUUCACCUACGGCGAAGUGUGCCAGGAUUCGAGCUGGAGCAGAUCAAGGACGUCAGGGUAACCCCGUCUGAUACGACUACAUUGCUGCCGCUGCACCGGCUAGAGUUCUACAUCAUGAGCGACAAGUACAUUCCUGGAGGUUCCAAGAUCGAGAUCACGGCUCCCCACGGCUUUGGUUUCACUUGCGCCUUCUUCAGCACAGAUGCCGGGCUGGCCAUCACAACUACAUGCUAUGUUCGAAUGCCGAACAUCGCAGAGUUCACUAUGGACACCUCAGAUCCCAAGCAGCCCAACUCGCCUUUCCGGCUGUUCGUCUAUGCGUGA